AUGAUAUGUUUCAUUUACUUAGAGAAAUUCAAAAACUCAGAGAAAAAAAAUUUGGCCACAAAAAUUUUUGAAAAAUCGUGCCAUCUUUUUUGCCGUCCUUCAGGUGGAGAGGAUAGCGAAAGCGAGGAGUCAGUUGUAUCGCAUAUGACCGUUGAUGACGAUUUAAGAAGUGUACAAGGAGAUGACAUGGAAGACGUUGAUGCUCCCAGUUUACUCGACGCCCUGGCCGAACACAUUGAAAACGCCAGCCAUAAGAAUAUUUCAAUACGAAUGGCAGCACUGAGACAUAUUCAGCUGGCAAUGUGCUCUCAGUAUGUUCCCGAUUUCGUGACAAAGUGGAAAAUGACGCUAAUUGAACUCAUCACAAAAAAUCUGAAAAAAACCGAUGAAGAAAUAGCCGUGUCUGCGGUUCUGCUUGCUCUUGUUUCACUGCAUUUAGGUGAGGAACUAGGCUCUGAUGUGGAGGAGCCUCUUGCAAUACUUCGCACUCUUGUGACGGACCCGGCCAGACCGGAACAUUUGCGAGCCGUAUGUGCUCUUUCUAUAGCUGUGACCAGUCACGUUGCCUCUGUAAGCGACGAGUCCAUAUCUGCAAGUAUAAAGGCAUUGCGUUCAACCUGGGCCGGUAUAAAGGUCACUGCACAUGGAACACGUCUAUUCACUACAGCCCUGCCGAGCUGGACGUUAUUACUGCAGGACACAGAUGCAUCGACACUUAACUCUGCCUUUGGAGAAUUCGCAAAAUUGACUGCUUUUCUGGAAGCCGAUCAGCUCGAUAUCCGUAUCGCUACUGGGGAAGCACUGGCCUUCCUUUACGAACUCGGUGCAGAAACUAGACCGGGAUUCCGCCUCCCAAACCACCAACAGAUUGUUGAGAUCCUUCACGCACUUUGCAGCGACAGCUCCAAAGGAAAAGCCAAAAAGGACAAGCGUGCGCAGCGAUUCACUUUCAGGCAGGUGUACUCGAGCAUCGUAGACAAGGAUACUCCCUCAAUCACAAUCAAGUUCAACAAGGAAUCACUGGUGUUGGAUUCCUGUGCCUCUAAAUUACUCUAUGACGUCUGCUGUGAGCUCCUACAUGGUGGUAUGGUGCGACAGCUCCAACACAAUGAAUUGUUGCGGGAUUUGUUCGAUUUAGGACCUGUUCAGGAAGUGAACCAGCACGAGAAAAUUAACAAAUGGCCGCACACGAUGCAGCAUCCAAGUACAGAAAUCAAAUCCGUGGGAAGCAGAGGGAUAAACGUAAUGCCGUAUUUCAGUAAAGUUAAUUAA